GAGGAGUAUAAUGGGUGUUGAAGACGCAUAGAAGAGAGGGGGCAACCAAGAGGAACAGUGAGGAAAGGGACAGAAGAAGGGCAGAUAAGAGAAUAUGAGAGAUAUAAGAGAAGCAAAUGAGGGAUCAAGAGGGUUCCAGAAUGGAGGGAUAGAGUGCUGGUGGGGGAGGAGUGAUGGCAUACCUCCAGCCUUAUAUAGGGUGUGUUUGUCUACAGGUUUCAGCUGCUCCCCCGGGGGAAUGUCCAAGAAUAGAAGGAGGAGAAGUGGAGGGAGAAGAAGGUGGACAGAGAAGGAGUGCUGUGUGGAAAAUCUUCUCCUGUGUAUAACAUCAGCUGGUGCUGUCAGUCAGGCACCCAGUGAAGGCGGUGACAUCAUUUGGAAGCUGAACUCGCCCUGUGGCCCUUGGGGAAGGCAGGGGCGACGCCUGAGAAGGCCCACUGACGCCCAAAGUGAUGCCCGCUCCUUCCUGACUGAGGAGAUGAUUGCAGAAUUCAAGGCCGCCUUCGACAUGUUCGACACCGACGGUGGCGGUGACAUCAGCACCAAGGAGUUGGGCACCGUGAUGAGGAUGCUGGGACAAAACCCGUCAAGAGAGGAGUUGGAUGCCAUCAUUGAGGAGGUUGAUGAGGAUGGCAGCGGUACCAUUGACUUCGAGGAGUUCUUGGUCAUGAUGGUGCAACAGUUAAAGGAGGACCAGGCCGGAAAGAGUGAAGAAGAGCUUUCAGAAUGCUUCCGUAUUUUUGACAAGAAUGGAGACGGUUUCAUCGACAGAGAGGAGUUCGGAGACAUACUCCAUCUCACUGGAGAACCAGUCGUAGAAGAAGAUAUUGAUGAGAUGUUUGGGGAAUCUGACACAAACAAAGAUGGAAAGAUUGAUUUUGAUGAGUUUCUGAAGAUGAUGGAGAACGUCCAGUAAUGAGACCAGCUCUACAUUCCUUGGUGACCCUUCCUCUGACUUCCUCGCAGAGUUCAGAGAGAGAAAAAAUAUAUAUAAGGGUGAUGGAAAUCUGCUAUAAAUCCCUUACAAUUAUGAAUAUGAUGUACUUUUUGAGAUGUUAAAAUGGAUAGAAGUUGAAGAAUGCCUUUACCCUUACCCCCCUUCCCCUUCUCAUAUGGUGAGGAUAUCUAUAAAUAUCCGUUCAAACCUUUUAAGACGAAGGCACUUUCCCCCAGCCGCCUCCUUACAUCGGCCACCCAGCUGUCCCUUGGCAGCUGCUGGUUCUCAAGAAACGUUACACCACCUACUAGCUUUACCCCCACCCUCCUCCUCCUCCUACUCCUCCAAACUGGAUCUCUACUCCACCCUGUUCUGUGAUUUCUAAAUAAAUCAACUUUCUUCUUCCACUCACUGUUCAUCUUUGCAAAUUAUUCUGCCUUGCAUGCCUGACAUGUCUUAUCUACUCUGAUUCCUGUCUCUUUUGCUCUUCUGUUUUUACCUGUCGAUGGCCUUUGCGGGACUUCUAGAUGACCAAUAUCUGCCUGGCAUUACAAUUUUUUUUUAGAAACACACACACACAUAAACACACAUGCACAGCCACACAUUGAGUCAUCACACACAACGACACGCAAUCACAUGCAUGUAUACUUAAGAGCCGCUGUGUGUAACCACCUUUUACACACACACACACACACACACACAUUUGUUUAACUACAAUUGGUCUUAUCUCACUAUUCCAGAUCUCAACUUCAAAUUGCCUCAUCACUGGACUUCAGAAACACCUCUACUUGCAUUCGUACAGUACCAGUCAAAAGUUUGGAGACACUUUCCCAUUCCCUUGAAUGAAACAGUGUGUCUAAACUUUUGACUAGUACUGUACAUGAUGCCUAAUACCAAAAUCUCUUUCAUGUUCAACAAUAGAAACCUCUCAUAUCUGAAGAAGAAAUGUUCAAUUAUCUGGUUUAAAUUGAUCUUUUCCAAUUUCUUCUCUACCUAAG